GCACAUCUUCCUGUCUCUUUCCACCCACCCCAACCUCUCCCUUUCAACUUGCGAAUCUUUGGCAAGCUUUUCUCCUUCCACUAAAGAACUUUUUCUCAGUCUCUCACUGGUGUGUGGGAGUGGGUGAGUCAGGAACAGAGCAGAAAGGGGAAAAAAACAUUUCCCUAAUUUUCUUUUUCACUCUCUCUGGGAGAAGUCAGCACUCUAGUCCUGGAGAGAAAGGGGAAAGAGGGGCAGAGUCUGUUGGAGAAGUUGGGUGGUCAACUUGGUGAAAGAGAACUCUUGCUUUCAUCUUGAAACCUAAGCCCAAACAGAGGAGGAAAAAAGAUCAGGUGCAAGACUUUUGAGGCAAGCCGGGUGGAAAAAACAACACCCUGCCUUGGAAACCAACUCUUAAGUGUUUGAAGGCAAGAACUUUUUCACUUGGCUCUCCAACUCCGAGAUACAGCAAUACAGACAAAACUCAGGAGCCAGGGAAUUAUUCUGAAUUCCCACCAGGAGCUUUUGGCAAGCCAAGGGAGAGAAAGAAGCGGUCUUGUUGCUUUGUUGGAUCCAUCCUUCCAUCCAUCUCUUGGGUGCUGACUGCUGACUUCAUUCUGGGUUUCGUCACUUGUUUUUGUGGAGACAGGGCUCCGGCGACAACAAUUCCUUCGGCCUUUUCUCCAGGAGACUUGGGAGAAACUCUCUCCUGAUUUUUAUUAUUGUUAUUAUUACUAUUUCUAAGGAGCCCUACAUCUCUACCAAUGAGCCUUUAGUUUGUUUGGAGCCGAAGUUUGUCUGGAGUCUUGGGAAAUGGGUCACCUUGGCCACUCUCUUCUCUCCUGUUUGCUGGUUUGGUGGACGGGCAUCUCCAGUGCCCAAGAAGCCAUCUAUUUUCUAGAGAAUCCAUCGAACCUGACGUCCUCCUUGGGCAAAGAUGUGAAGUUCUCCUGUUCAGUCCAUGCUCUGGGAGGGCCGCCGGAGCUGAGCUGGUUGCGAGAUGGCACAGCACUGGAGUUUGCGGACAGCAACCAGGUGCAGGUGCCCUUGGAUGAUGAAGAAUGGAUGGCCACCAGUGAGUUGAGCAUCCCAUCGGUACAACUUUCCGACAUGGGAAACUACCAGUGUGUGACCUGGCUCAACGGAUCUGAAAUCUUCUCGGAUGAAGCUUACCUGCUAUUAGAAGGUCUCCCCUUUUUCACGGAGGAGCCCCAAGACCUCGAGGUGGCCGCCAACACUCCCUUCAACCUCAGCUGCCAGGCGCAAGGGCCUCCGGACCCGGUAAUGGUGAUUUGGCUUCAAGACAGCAUCCCGAUGAACUCCUUUGGAGACCCAUUGGCCCAGACCCCUUCCGUAUUAGUAGUGAGAGGUCUCAAUCACAGUGCCUCCUUCUCAUGCGAAGCCAACAAUGCGAAAGGCGUGAGCUCGUCUCGAACAGCAGUGGUGAAAGUGGUACCUGGACGGCCGCGCAACCUGUCUGUUAUGUAUCGCAGCGACCGCAGCUUGGAAGUGUCGUGGGAACCCAGGUCCAGCGGAGCGUAUGCUUUGGAGCUUUGCACCAUCCAGGCUGUGCGCUCCAGUGAAGACCUCAGCACUGUGUCGGACAGGCAGCUCUAUAACCAGAACCUCCGUGUGCCCCCCUUCCGGCACACCCUGAAAGACCUGAUCCCCUUCACCACGUACAAGGUCCGUGUCUCUUGUCGCUCCAGGGAAGGCAACUCCCCAUGGACUCACUGGGUGGCUAUGGAGACUCUGGAAGGAGUGCCCACAGCCGCACCAGCAAAUAUCAUGGCCACACAAAAUGGCACCUGUACCGUUAUCCAGUGGGAAGAACCACGGGGCAACAUCAAUGGGAUCUUGCGGGGAUACAAGCUGGUUUGUCAGAGUGACGACUCACCAGAGGUGGUUGUGGACGUGGGUCUGACCAAUGAGACCGUCCUGACACUCAACUCAACAGGACAGAACCUGACAGUGCGAGUUGCAGCCUACACACAAGCAGGCGAUGGGCCGUGGAGCAGGGCUAUCAUGAUUUCUUCCCCUGGUUUUGGUGAAAAUCUUCCGGAACCUUUGUCAGUAGGGAUCUCCACGCCUGCCUUCUCCUGGCACUGGUGGUAUGUGGUGAUUGCCAUAGCUGCCACCAUCGCUGCUGCCACCUUCGUCACCUUCUUCUUGGCACGGAUGAGGAGGAAGGAAACCCGCUAUGGGGAAGCCUUCGAACCAAGUAUGGAGCAAGGGGAGCUGGUGGUUCACUACCGAGUCCGCAAAUCCUAUAGCCGCCGUACCACCGAAGCUACCCUGAAUGGUCUGGGCAUCAGUGAAGAGCUAAAGGAGAAACUACGAGAUGUGAUGAUUGACCGCCACAAAGUGGCCCUUGGGAAGACACUUGGGGAAGGAGAAUUUGGCUCAGUCAUGGAAGGGCAACUUAGUCAAGAUGGGGCCGUGCUUAAGGUUGCUGUGAAGACCAUGAAAAUCGCCAUUUGCACCCGCAGCGAGAUGGAGGAUUUCCUCAGUGAAGCUGUUUGCAUGAAGGACUUCGACCAUCCAAAUGUCAUGAAGCUGAUCGGAGUCUGCUUACAGAACACAGAGAGUGAAGGCUAUCCCUCUCCAGUUGUUAUCUUGCCCUUCAUGAAGCACGGCGACCUCCACAGCUUCCUCCUAUAUUCCCGUCUUGGAGACAGUCCGGUGUACCUACCAACACAAACGCUGGUCAAGUUCAUGACCGACAUUGCUAGCGGGAUGGAGUAUCUCAGUAGCAAGAACUUCAUCCAUCGUGACCUUGCAGCCCGUAACUGCAUGCUGAACGAGAGCAUGACCGCUUGCGUGGCUGAUUUUGGCCUCUCCAAGAAGAUCUACAAUGGGGAUUAUUACCGGCAAGGCCGCAUCUCCAAGAUGCCCGUCAAGUGGAUCGCCAUUGAGAGUUUAGCGGAUCGCGUCUAUACCAUCAAGAGCGAUGUGUGGUCAUUUGGUGUUACUAUGUGGGAGAUUGCAACCCGAGGCCAAACGCCGUACCCAGGUGUGGAAAACAGUGAAAUUUAUGAUUACCUGCGCCAAGGCAACCGCCUUAAGCAGCCCAUCGACUGCCUAGAUGGCUUAUAUGAGCUGAUGCUGAGCUGCUGGGCCCUCAACCCGCGGGACCGCCCCAGCUUUGAGAUCCUCCACAACGAGCUGGAGAAGAUCCUCAAGUCCCUCCCACCUGCCAAGGACCCCGAGGAGAUCCUCUACGUCAACAUGGAUGACGGGGUGGCCCCCGAGGAGUCCGAGCUAGGAGCUGUUGGCGGCUCAGGCUCCGAUGAGGCACCGAUGAAGGACAGCCAGUCGCUGAAGCCCACAGUGACGGCAGCUGAGGUUCACCCGCCCCAAGGCAUGGGGCGCUACGUGGUGUGCCCCACUCCCCAUGAAAACAGCCGACUCCUGACAGAGUCCCCCAGCUGUGCUGCCACAGAGGAAGGAGCCUGAGACGGAGAUGGGCGGAGGGAGGUUUGGAUUCAGUUGUUGGGGAGGAAGGAAGAUACGAACAACAACAGCUUUCUGUGAGGUUUGCCGAGGGGAAGGGAUGCACAGAAUAGCCCACAACUGAGCCACACACCCCUUAUCCACAAACAAACCACUGCUUCCAUUCUGCCGACCUUUCUUUUCCUCCUUCCAGGCUUAUCCCUUCUUUUUAAGGGAGGGGCUCGGAAAGGAUCGGACCCCUGAAUGUGUCCCGUAGCUAGACCUACCGACUCACCAAUUGCUAUAUUGGCAUUCCUCUCCCUUAUCUCCACUAACCUAAGGAAGAAACCCAAGUCUCAACUCCACAGUAUAGUGGGGAAAGUCAUUAUCUUUUGUAAAGGGAGAUGGCAAAAUGGGGAAGACCACACGGAGCAAUCCAAGCAAACCCACAUCACUCGUUUCCUGUUCAAAAUAAAGUUUCACAGAAUCACAUAACUAUUGAGUUGGAGGAGAUCCAAACCCCAUUCUGCCAGGCAGGAAGACCGGUCAAAGCCCUCCCAAGAGAUAGCCAUACAGAUUCUGCUUUAAAACCUCCAGAGGAAGAAAUCCCUUAUUCCUCCCCACUCCUCUAAAUAGGGCAGGUCCAAACUGUACUGUGUCCCACCAGCUCAGAGCUACAUGGACUGCAUUGCAGUCAGAUAGUUGCAGUCCUGCUUCUUCAUUUUUAAUGUCAUGCCAAUGCACAAGAUGGAGUGGGGACACUUUUCCUGUCAUAGAGAUAUAGGAGCAAGGCUUGUUCAAAUGGCAGUGGUUGGGUGCGGACACAAUUGUCCAUAUAGCUAAAUGAAAGCCGUGUCUGCCUCCACCUUCCCCGAUUACCCCGUCCUUGUUUUCACUAUGAGCUGUUUCACUGCCAAGUCUCCCAGGUUGGUCUCUUUUCCUUGAGAUGCCUCCAGACCAGGCAUCUCAAGUAAGAUAGGUAUAAAUCUGUUGACCACCUUCAGAUCUCUCCCAAUCUGUUGCCUUCUUCCAGCCUUUGCAGAAAAGGCCUUUCUGCACAAUGUAUUUUUAGCACAAUGAAUGCACAUUUGUUACUGAUUUGUUCUGUACUGUCUGCACAUCAUUCCAUGCUGUCUGCCACAGCGUUGUAUAAAAAUACUCACAUAAACACCGUCACAAGUUAGAGUGUGCCCAAUAGGUAUAAAAAGAAUACAGUAGAGUCUCGCUUAUCCAACAUAAAUGGGCUGGCAGAACAUUAGAUAAGCAAAAAUGUUGGAUAAUGAGGAGGGAUUAAGGAAAAGCCUAUUAAACAUCAAAUUAUGAUUCUACAAAUUAAGCACCAAAACAUCAUGUUUCCCAACAAAUCAACAGAAAAAGCAGUUCAAUACAUGGUAUUGUUAUGUAGUAAUUACAGUAUUUACAAAUUUAGCACCAAAACAUUGCAAUGUAUUGAAAACAUUGACUACCAAAACAUUGACUACUAACAGGCAGAUAAUACAGAACGCUGGAUGAGUGAAGGUUGGAUAAGCGAGACUCUACUGUAUUAAAAUAUUAACAAAAUAAUCAAGUGUUGAGAAGCCCAAAUGAGAAGUUUCGUAAGUCCAAUUCAGGGCUUAGUCUGCACAAAAAGCAUAGAAAUCUUGCAUAGAGUGUAACAUGCUGUUUCUGCACCCGUUUCUUGUGCGGGAAUGUUUCAUUUUCUGUGCAAAAAGCCAUAUGCAUUAUCAUUGUAGAAUAAACCCUGAACUGUAGCGCCAUCUACACUGCCAUAUAAUGAAGUUUAACUGCAUUAAACUGUAUUACAUGGCAGUUUGGACUCAUAUAAUGCAGUUCAAGGGCAGUCCUGUGUAUAGUCUUCAGAACUGUGACACUUUUGACAACUUUCUCACAGCAAAAGAUAAACAGUGAAUGGAUUCAUCCUUGCUAAUGAGAAUGAGAUUUAUGAACCAUUACAUCCCUACUGUCCAAUCAGCAAUAAUGUAAAGGAUGGUAAGAUAUUUAUUUACUAUGUUUUGCUCAUAGGUACUGCCCUAGUGUUCCCUGCAUAGAUCUUGUUACAAUACACAGUAGUCCCCCUUUAUCCGUAGUUUUGCUUUCCAUGGUUUCAGUUAACUACAGCCAACCGUGAUCUGAAAAUAUUAUGUAGAAAAUUCCAGAAAGAAGCAGUUUGUAAGUCUGAUGUUGCAUUUGAUUCUGUGUAGCGUCAUAAAACAUGCCAUUCUGCUUGGAAUGGAAACCCUUGUUUGUCUAACACGGUGGUUUCCAACCUUUGGUUCUCCAAGUGUUUUGGACUUCAACUCCCAGAAAACUCAGUUAUCUUACCAGCUGUUAGGAAUUGUGUGCUGAUCCCAACUAAAGGUUGGGAGCGACUGGUCUAACGUAUCCAUGUUGUAUACAUCCAUAAGUCACUUAGAUUAUAGGUAUGUAUUUAUAAGGGAAAAAACAUUGUAUGCAUAGCGGUUGGUACUUUCUACAAUUCCAGGCAUCCACUGGGGAUCUUGGAAUGUAUCCGCUGCAGAUAAAGGGGGGUUAUGGCAGGAAUGGGAGUCACACAGUCCAGUAGCUUUUUAAAAUUUUUCCAUUUGUGACCCCUUUUUGCCCAAGAGAUGUUUAUGUGACUCUGAGUAUAUAGCAAUUUGAAAGGCUUGCUAAACAAGGCAGGCUGAUUUUGUUAUGAAGUCCAGCUGAAGCAUUUGCUGCAUGCCAUUGCUAAUGGAAAUGCCCAAAACAGCCACUAGGUGGCAAGCUCCUCAAAAAUGCCUAAAACAGCCACUAGGUGGCAAGCUUCCCAUUGACUUAAAGGAUUCCAAAUAGAGUUGUGACCCAGAGUUUGAGAUUUGUUUUGCUCUAGAUCAGUGGUUCUCAACCUGUGGAUCCCCAGAUGUUUUGUCCUUCAACUCCCAGAAAUUCUAACAGCUGGUAAACUGGCUGGGAUUUCUGGGAGUUGUAAGCCAAAACACCUGGGGACCCACAGGUUGAGAACCAUUGCUCUAGAUGAUAUAUUUCCCAGCAAUCCUGAUCAGUGUAGAGGAGUGGCCAUCUGUUUUCCACCCAACAUCAAAACUAGUGUGCAGAAGAAUUCAUAAAUGGGGUUGUAUUUCAGGUCUCAGAGCUGGAGAAGAUAAUGCUAUAGGGUUGUAAUGGAUAGGGAAAGCUUCAUCACACAAUUCCUCCCCUGCUUGUGAGCUGUGCAAUGGACCUGCCUCAAGGGUACCUGCCUUCCCAUCUAAUUCAGGGCUUUAACUUGUGCCAAGCUGUCCAUGACUCUUGCCGUGAUGUCACUUUCAUUAUAUGGUACGAAGAAACAUUAAAAACAAAUGAACACUUUUGAAAUCAGUGCAUCGUCUUAGAAACAUAGACCUUCCAAACCGUAUUUUCAGCCGUUAGGUUUCAGGUCUCCAGUCAUGUUUUCCAUUCCAUUGGGUGAAAUACAUCUUCCUCCUUCUUUGGAUGAAAUAACACAUAAAGAUUUCCCCGUCAAGUGCUACUUCUGUUCAAAUCAAGUUCUUUUCUUUGCUACGUUGAUGUGUCUGCAGAACAAUCAGCAUCUUUCAUUUUCCUUUUUUUAAAAAAUGAAAUGUUUUUAUAUAUAAAUAUAUGUAUGUAUAUACUUUUUAAAAAAUCAAAAUUCUGUAUAUGAAAUGUUUUCCCACUCCCUUCAUUUUUGUACAAACACAUUUCCCUCUCUCAGGGCAAGAUCUGUUUUGAGAGAAAGAGAGAGAGCUCUGUGAUAUAUUUUGCUUAUAAAUAAAAAAAUCAUAUUUUAAAAAUGGA